ACUGCUACAACCGGCCAUAAUCGGCAGUGGGAGUGGAUGAGCCUUAAACCGGAGCGGCUCAGUCAGUCUGAUCCUCCCCAGGAGCGCUCUUAUCGGGAGGGGACACCGCCAGCUACACUCCGACUGGAAACGGGAGCCGGUGUCCGGUGCACCGGCAUGCGUCGAUCUGUUUGCUCCUAGUGUUUCCCUCUCCAGCGGCGGCGGUGCCCUCCAUGCGUCAGCACCCCACCUCUCCCUCCCUCCGACACCAACACCGGGAAUGGAUCAGGAAUCCGGUGCGGCGGCGCCCGCGGGGAGUUUCAUCUCCCUGAACGAGCACGAGCAGAGGUAUUACUCGGGUCUGCACAGCCUGUGUCAAGCCGACGCCUCCGGAACGCUGUCGUCCGGUAAAGUGGCGGAGCUGUUCAAGGCGUCUCAGCUGCCGCCGGAAUCCCUGCACAAAGUGACGGAGUUGUGUGGGGCGAAGCGUCUGGGUUACUUCGGUACGCCGCAGUUCUUCGUGGCCCUGAAGCUGCUGGCGGCGGCCCAGUCCGCCCUGCCCAUCCACCUGGAGAGCAUCAUGGCCAAUCUACCUCUGCCCAGGUUUGUCGGGCUCAAGACCGAGCCAGAGAUGCGUUACUCUGUCGUCCCCCCGAGCAUAGAUGGUCAGGGGGCUCAGUGCGGGACCGGGCCCCCUGGGUCCGUCUCCUGGACUCCAGCAGACCGGAGACACCCGGAGGACCACUUCGACAGGAAGGUGGUUCACCAGGAGAGGGUCACCCUGGAGACCCAGCUGGAGCUCCAGCGGCCUCUGGCCUCGACGUGA